UGCACAAGUGCACAGUGCUGCAGAGUCCAUCGUUUCCUUUUUCUUCUUCGCCUUGUCUCUCUGCGUUGAAGUUUCCUCGCAGACUGUACCGUAGUAUGUAUAUAUGUAUUGAUACUUGACUUGAUACAUAUACAUACAUACAUAUAUAUAAAUAGGGGUGUGAGAUUUUUGUUGGGAAAAAAUUAUUAGAGUUCCUUCUUCAGUUACAGCUGGGUUGCGUUGGCAAUGGGAAAUUGCUGUUCCGACGUGGCCGGCGGGCAGUCGGCGGUGGGAGGUGCCACGUCGAAUUCGGCGGCCAGCGCUCCAAACGAUGCUGUUGAUGCGUUUCUCAGGUCUCGAGGCUACAAAGGGUUGUUCUCUCAGAUCGAGCUUUCUCUGUCUGCUGAGAACUUGCGUGACCUGGAUGUGUUUUCCAAGAGUGAUCCGAUGGCAGUUCUUUAUAUGAAAGGAAGUGAUGGGUCACUUCAAGAGAUUGGUCGCACUGAAGUGGUUUUAAAUUCCUUGAGUCCUAAGUGGAUUACAAAAUUUAUCGUCACCUAUCACUUUGAGAUGGUGCAGAAUUUGAUAUUUCGUAUAUAUGAUAUCGACACUCAAUUCCACAACAUAGAUAUAAAGACAAUUAAGCUGGAGGAGCAGCAGUUCCUUGGUGAGGCUAGCUGUACAAUAUCAGAGAUUAUCACCAAACGGAACAGGAUUUUAGCCUUAAAUCUUUCACGUGAUGGCGUUUCUGUUCCUUCCCAUAAUAAAAAGAAUGGCCAACUCAUGGUUUAUGCUGAAGAAUGUGUUGCUUCAAGGACUACAGUCGAGCUGAUACUGAGAUGUUCAGAUUUGGAAUCCAAGGAUCUAUUCUCGAAAAGUGAUCCUUUUCUGGUCAUAUCAAAAUUCACAGAGAGUGGAACAUUAGUUCCGAUUUGCAAAACUGAAGUCUUGAAGAAUGAUCACAAUCCAAGAUGGAACCAAAUUUUGUUGAGUAUUCAGCAAGUAGGGAGCAAGGACAGCCCGCUAGUUAUUGAGUGUUUUAAUUUCAAUAGUAAUGGAAAACACGAUUUAUUGGGGAAAGUUCAGAAAUCACUGACUGAUUUAGAAAAACUGUGUUCUGUUUCAAUUGGAGAGAGUUUAUUCAUCCCAGUAUCUGUUGGGCAGAAUCACCAAAACAAGAUCUUAAAAAGUCAGUUGUUUGUUGAUAAAUAUUCAGAGAACAUGCAGCACACAUUCCUUGACUACUUGGUUGGAGGUUAUGAAUUGAAUUUCAUGGUUGCAGUUGAUUUCACAGCAUCAAAUGGUAAUCCUCGCCUGCCGGAUUCAUUGCAUUAUAUUGAUCCAUCAGGACGGCCAAACGCAUAUCAGAGAGCAAUCCUUGAGGUUGGAGGUGUUUUGCAAUUCUACGAUACCGACAGAAAAUUUCCUGCUUGGGGUUUUGGAGCAAGGCCAAUUGACGGCCCAGUGUCACAUUGUUUCAACUUAAAUGGCAGCAGUACCUAUUGUGAGGUUGAAGGAAUCCACGGGAUUAUGACAGCGUAUACAAGUGCUCUCUUUAAUGUAUCGUUAGCAGGACCUACAUUGUUUGGACAUGUGAUCACUAAUGCUGCUCAGAUAGCUGGUGGAUCGGUUGCAAGAAAUGAACGGAAAUACUACACUUUGUUGAUUAUAACGGAUGGAGUGAUAACCGAUCUUCAGGAAACCAAGGAUGCCCUCGUCACAGCAUCUGAUCUGCCGCUGUCCAUUCUCAUUGUUGGGGUUGGAGGAGCUGACUUCAAAGAAAUGGAGAUACUAGAUGCAGAUAAAGGGGAUAGACUUGAAAGUACAACCGGAAGGGUAGCAUCACGAGAUAUUGUCCAGUUUGUCCCAUUCCGAGACGUGCAGAGUGGAUCCAUCUCCAUUGUUCAGUCACUUCUAGCAGAACUACCAUCCCAGUUCUUGUCGUAUGUGCGAGCUAGAGGUAUUAGUCCCUAACAAGAAGAAAAUCCAAGGCUGUACAUACGAAGAAAGUACACGAUUAUUUUGUGGCUUUAUUAAGCUUUGCUGCUUCAUAGCCCUCAGACUUUGGCACCUGCAUCAUAUAUCAUCACUAUUCUCAAGUUCCCUCCAGGUUAGGCCCUUUUUAAAUCCCACCAUCAAUACAUGAUCAAUUUUGAUUAAACAGCAAUUCUCAUUGUGUAAUACUGUGACUUCAGUUUCAAUUUUUGUCGAUUGUCUCAGAUAAUUUCUGAUCAUUUCAGACUGCCAAAUUUGUUGGCUUCCUUUGAAAGUGCAUUUUGAUAAAUGGAAUCGAUUCUAUAUCCUAUUGCUAUAA